AUGAUUUUGAUUGUCUUUGGAAUUUGCGUGGUUGGAUUUCCGAUAGUGCUGCUGUUUUUAUGCAUCAUGUGGUUGGUUGCACGUGACUCUAGAGAUAUCUGCCUGCCUAGUGGCCCUACUCCUCCCGUCAUUCGGGGUUGGAUUCCAUUUGUCGGUUGUGGACUGAAGUUUGUAAAGAAUCCACGGGCAUAUUUAGAGGUUUGCAGAAAGACAUAUGGAGACACCUUUAUUCUGUACCUUUUUGGCAUCAAGCUGUUUUGUUUGUUCUCUCAAGAAGGGCUUUCGUAUCUGUAUCAAGUUAGAGAAUCAGAUGCAAGUUUUACUGAAGCUACCAAAGGACUGUUGGGACUAAAAAUUCCCAAGGAGUUAACAAGUGACUCUACAGUGUCCAUGUUUCAUCGAGGAUUGAAGAAGCAGUUGUUGGAGGGAUAUUUGGAGCAUAUGAAUGAUGCAACUGUAGAAACAUUACGCUGUCUGCACAAGAAAGGACGGUUUGAAGUCUUCUCAUUUAUGAAACAGCUGAUACACAAAAUUGGUUUCCUAUGUUGGGUUGGACGUGAAGCUGCUCAGCCUGAGAAUCUGGAAAAGUUUGUUGUGAACUUUGAGAAACUUGAUCCAGAGCAAGGAUUCAAGGAUCUUGGAGCUCUGUUGUGGACAAUUCUUACUAAUAAGUGGGUUGAGAAGAAGGCUCUAGACAACAUUGAACGUGUCUUACAAAAUAUAUGGGAUCAAAGGCAGAUGAAGGGUGAGUGGAUACCUGACAAUUUGAGUGGGCUCUAUGAUGCUCAUUCAGAUCUACCAGAAAGGAAAAGGCAUCGCAGAGUAGCAGCAGAAGUGGUGUUGUUUCACAUGGCAUCACAGGCCAACAUGUAUGCUGCACUAUCUUGGACACUCAUUAACUUACUGCUGUGUCGUGAUGUAUGCAUGAAGAGGGUAUUAGACGAGAUCUCAAAUGCUAGAGAUUGUCAUGGUGAUCAACUGACGUAUAACUUAGCAGCCCUGGACAACCUGACGUUCAUUGAGGAUGUAGUGCAAGAAUCACUCCGUUUGGCUCAGCAGUCUAUCACUUUACGAAAAGUUAUGAAGCCCUGUCAGUUUGGAGACUACGCUAUUCCUCCUGGUUAUUACCUUGCUACCUUACUGUCUAUCACAAAUCAACAAACUCCAAUAGAUCAGCCACCUGCUGAUCAGUUCUGGCCUUUCAGAAACCUCUCCAAGACUAACUACAAUAUAAGCACUUUUGGACAUGGAUACCAUGCUUGUCCAGGGCAGCAUUUUGCAAUGAUUGUAACAAAAGUCUUCGUUGUUUACCUUCUAACAGGACAGCACUCACUAAUAUUGGAACCUGAAUUUUCUGAUGUCAAAAUUCCACCAACAUCUGUUGGAGCUGUGGCAAGAUCACAGCAUCCAUGCAUAGUGAGAUACUGCAAGACUCACGACUGACACAGUUUUACUUAGUAACAUUUACAUACUGUAUUAUAUAAAUAUUGUUGUUAUUAUUUAUUCUCAUCAAAACAUGUUACAAAGUCAUUGCCAAACAUGGUAAACGCAAUACUUACUGUACAAUCCAAUA